GCAGAGAGAAGAGACGCGCUCCUGCGCAGCACGCUCAGCAGACAGACAGCAGCCUGCCGUUACCGCAACAUUUACCUUCCUCGGCUUUGCCAAAAAUAAAAGUCACAAAGUUUCGGAUUAAAACGAUACGGAAAUAAAUUCUGCCUAUUUGUUUUAAGAAGCGCCAUGCCAGGGUUUCAUUUACCCCAAACUCUGACAAACUGACAGUUUUGACAGCGCGUGCCCAGAUUCAAACCGUGUCUGCUCACCGACCGUCGCCUCGCUGAGGAAAACCGAUCUUUUUCGCCGCCAACGCGAUUACGCUGUUCAUCAAAUAGUGGCAAGAAGUCUGAAACCACAUGUGCUCGUCUCCAAACCGGAGAGACGCGGUUUCAUUUGUCUUCAGAGAGGAAAAGAGUUGGCUUUAAGCCGUACUGACAGACACAAGGGAAGGAAGGACGGUCUCGUGAGAGCGCUGGAGAAGAGCAUUGGAAAUUCACGCGGUGCGUAAUAUUCAUGUUUCUUCUUGGCACUACUUCGCGAACAGUUUAAAUAAACGAGGGGAAAAUGUAGUCUUUGUGGAUGGUUAUCAGUAUAGCCACUUUAGACGCUAAUCGUUACCGGUGAAUGGCUCUUUAAACGCUGUGAAGGGGGGCGGUAGUUGUGGAGUAUAUGGCAAUGCCAAGUUGAAGGGUCUCGACAUUGUCGGUAUUAAUAAACGCUGAAGUGCCCAGCACCGUCUGUUUAACAUUUAUGGGCUCGUGGAUAUUUUCUAAACAUCUCCUGCUAUCAAAAAGUGGAGAGAAAUGCUGAAUGAAGAUGACGUUUUGACUGGGAUAUUCACGUAAACCGCAGGCGCACGCGCUGUCAGUAACCUGCUCACAAAGGUAAACGCACCUUUACGCUUAAACACCGUUCAAAAUGAUGACCAACGGACCCAACAUCGUCUACGAAUGGCUGAAAACCCUUCAGCUGUGUCAGUAUGUUGAGGCUUUUGUGGAUAACGGAUACGACGACUUGGAAGUUUGCAAACAAAUCGGAGACCCGGACUUGGAUGCCAUCGGGGUGUUCAUUCCGCACCACCGCCAGCGGAUUCACGAUGCCGUGCAAAGGUUGAAAGAUCACGAAAAGGAGACGGCCACCGGGCUUUAUUUCACCCUGGAGCCGAUGCCCCCGGUCUCCCCUAUAUACACGAUUCGCAUGGCAGAGCAAUGCGAGUCUAGGCUGCGGGGCUCCAGGUCAUGGACUGAGCAGAGCAGCGAUAGAGCGGCGCGCAGCGUGGGGUACAUGGGGGCGUCCAGGAAUCUGACGCUGGGGAACCGCAAGGAGCUGGAAGUCUACCCAAAACUGAAGCUGAAGAUCAUGAUCAGGGAUAAACUCAUUAGGGACGGGAUAAACCUUGCCAAGCAGCCAUACUCUAAUAAGGUAAGUUUGAAGCUUACAUCCUUCCUGUUUACCUUUACCUGUUUGGAUGGCUCUCUGGGUAAUAUAGAUGACCUGGCACAAGAGUACUCGGAGUACUACAACACAUACUUCAGCGACGUCAGCGAUCGGAUGGAGGAACUACGUAAGCGGCAAGUGUCUCAAGAGCUAGACAUGGAAAAAGCAGACACCAGCUUCAACUCUUCACAGCUACGCUCAGACAUCCAGGAAUCGUUUGGCAUCAGCAGUGAGGUGUCCACUCCAGAGACUGAGCGAAAAAUUCCUCUGCACAAAUCCAGCUCUGAAGAUGGAUCAGGAAAAUGGGACAACAAGAAGAAAAACAAAUCCUUCUGGCAGAACUUUCGAAAGUCACAGAAAGGGGUCACAAGGCAAACGUCAAAAGGAGAGGACAUUGGCUAUGUGGCCAGUGAGAUCACUAUGAGUGAUGAAGAACGGAUCCAGCUAAUGAUGAUGGUGAAAGAGAAGAUGAUCACAGUGGAGGAGGCGUUGGCACGGUUAAAGGAAUAUGAGAGGAACAGACAGUUGAGCAGCAGUACAGACACAGCAGAGUGGACUGAUGGAUCCAGUCCCACUGUUAACCUCUCCUCCGUCUGCAAUUCUGUGGAGCAGUCAGAUGAUGAGCAGGAGGACUCUGUGAAAUUCAAGAGGCUUCACAAGCUGGUCAACUCGACUCGACGUGUUCGCAAGAAGCUCAUCAAAGUGGAUGACAGCAAAAGACAAGGCUCACAAGAUUUGCUCAGUCUGGAUGCAGCUCCCUUAUGUGAUGAUAUAAACGCUCUGUACGCGGAAAUCCACAAGAAGCCGGCCCAGUGCACAGACUCUUCUUUGUCUUCUCUUGCCCAAGAGCAGCUCUCUCUGGAUGGGGACACGGACAGCCUGACCACCUCGCCCUCCACCAGUAGCCUUGACGCCUGGAAACCUGCUCACAAGUUAGUGAAGACCCCCGGCGCACAUCCCCACGGCCUGAUCCGCCCUCCGCGGAAGAGUAGUGCUGGAUCCGGACUGGGUGUAGUGGGGAGUAGUGGCUCCUCUUUCUCCGAAUUGGAGGUUCUGGGAGACGACAAUGCUAAAGUCUCCCGCUCAGCUACAGACGGAGAGAUGCGGAAGGCCUUGUCAUCUCUAUCACACGGGAGAACGUGUAGCUUUGGAGGAUUUGACCUGUCUAAUCGUUCCCUCCAUGUGGUCAACACGACCGAGCCUAGUGAGCAGGAGGCUCUGUACAGGGACGCUGUGAAAUCUCCCACCACGUCCCGUAUCUCUCUAGGAAAGAAAGUCAAGUCUGUGAAAGAGACUAUGAGGAAACGCAUGUCCAAGAAAUAUGUUGGGUCUCUCUCUGAACAGUCCAGUCCAGAUGCAACGCCCAGUUGUCCUCAGUCUCCUCAGCCAGACACAGACUCUCUAGAGAAGCCCAAACUCAAGGCAGGAGGGUCUGUAGAGAGUCUGCGCAGCUCCCUCAGUGGGCAGAGCUCCAUGAGUGGACAGACAGUGAGCACCACAGAUUCAUCAGCCAGCAACAGAGAGAGUGUGAGGAGUGAGGAUGGUGAUGAUGAAGAGCCUCCAUACAGAGGCCCUUUCUGCGGCAGAGCUAGAGUUCACACUGACUUCACACCGAGUCCAUAUGAUACAGACUCACUCAAACUUAAGAGAGGAGAUGUGAUUGAUAUCAUCAGUAAGCCGCCCAUGGGCACAUGGAUGGGUCUGCUCAAUAACAAGGUGGGCACGUUUAAGUUCAUUUAUGUGGAUGUGCUGGCUGAAGAAGAGGAGAAGCCUAAACGAGCGGUUCGGAGGAGGAGGAAGGGCAGGCCGCCCAAACCCAACUCAGUCGAGGAGCUUCUGGAGAGAAUCAACCUGAAGGAGCACAUGCCUACAUUCCUGUUUAACGGGUAUGAGGACCUGGACACAUUUAAGCUACUAGAGGAAGAAGAUCUGGAUGAGCUCAACAUCAAAGAUCCUCAACACCGUGCCGUACUGAUGACCGCUGUAGAACUUCUGCAGGAUUACGACAGCAGCAGUGAUCCGGAGCGCAGCGCCCUCUCUGGCUCUCAGGAGAAACUCCUCUGUGAGGGGCAUGGCCUCAUGGCCGACUCCCCACGGGACUCUGGUUGCUACGAAAGCAAUGAAAACCUAGAGAAUGGUAAGAGCCGCAAGGCGUCGCGCCACAGCCGUGGUUCAUCUGGAUUUGAUUGUGGGGGUGUAAAGUCUCCAGACUAUCCCACUCUUCCCAUGACUCACUCCACUGAAGCUCUUCAGCAGCAGGCCAAAAAGGAACGCAAAUUCCCGAAGACUUUUCUGCCCCGGCCCAUAAAGGGUUUCAGUCUGCGAAGCCUCGGGCUCAAGAAGGGCUCCAAAGCAGGACAGACCUCCUGCAUACCGGUCAGCCGAAGCUGUGAGGAGUUGGACGGUCCCCAAGAGACCCUUGAGUCUUGGAAGCGCUCGCAUUCUCUGGGGGAUAUACACUGGGAGCAGGCCUUCGAUCAGAGGAAGGACCAGAGUGGCAGUGAGGAUAAAGGCAGGCCAGAGAGCAACAAAAAGGAUGCAAAGGCCGAUCCUGUAGAAUCAAAACUGGACCCGUCUGGAAGAGAGACGGGCUCACUGCAGAGACCUAUGGUUCCCACACAGCUUCCUCUCAGCCCGGUCGGUCCAUUGCCUGCUGCCCAGACCUCAAACCGCCAACCGGUUUCUGCCCCGACUAGCCCCGCUCCACGGACUCACCCUAAAAAGCCACCUGUCCCACCUCCUGUGCCUGCUAAAAAGUCCAAAGAACGUCUGCCGAAUGGUCUGCGCCAUCCUCCGCUAGUGCUGUCCGGUUCGGUGCCAAAUACGCCAACCCUACCCCCAAAACCCAUUUACACCCCAACCACUCCCUCCGAGAGUUCCCCAUCAACCCCAUUAUCUCCAAGUGAAUCUGCAGCAGCUCUGAGUCCACCCUGGCUGUCUGACCUACCUGAAUCAGCAUGUCCUCAGAUCCACGGAGCUAAAGUUGCCCUCAGCAGGAAGAUCUCCCAUGCCAAAAUGACUGACCUGGAGACUCUGCUGGAGGACAGGAUGCGCUUGGAAGGCAUUGACCUCACCGAAGAGCCGUACUCUGAUAAACACGGCCGCUGUGGUAUUCCUCAGCUCUUAGUACAGAGGUACUCAGAGGACUUUCAGCAGCCAGUGAAGGACGUGGUGUCCAGUCUGGAUCAGAUCAGAGUUAAACAACUCCGCAAGGAGCACCGCAUGGCUAUUCCCUCGGGAGGUUUGACUGACAUGUGUCGGAAGCCAGUGUCUCCUGUUCACGUGAGCUCAGUGUCUGAUUGGCUCGUGUCGAUUGGAAUGCCCAUGUAUUCUGCCUCUCUAUUGGCUGCAGGCUUUGACACGCUGGAUCAUGUGUCAUCCUUAAACGAGGCGAAAGCGAGGGAAGCAGGCUUGAAGGAGGAUCAUCACAUACGUAUUCUUCUCAGUGAAGCCCAACUUGUCACAGCCAACAGCUCAGGACAGUCAUAAUACUAACAUGAGCUGUUAUGAACUUGACUAAAUGGAUAAAAUUUUGCUGGUGAAGAGAGACCUGGACAACAGCUGCCGAAUUUUCUCCCACCUUUUUGUCUUAUCUCAGCCUUUUGGCAUUUUCAGAAAUGACUGAUCUGACUUCCAAGGACUGUUAUUGUGGGCCUAUCAACAGAUGUUUCCAUAGAAACAUCUAGUUUUGGCCUGAAACAUCCGCCUGUCGAAAGAAAGCACACUUUUUUCUGAGAAUUUAUGCUUUUGUAUGAAUUUAGAGAUUGUUCUGAACCCCUUUUUCAGGAAGUGUGAGAUUUAUUUAGGAAAAAAAAAAAAAAAACUGUAAAAGAAAAGUUUUUAGUGCUUAUUGAAGCACGUGAGUAUCAAGAGUAUGUCACCUGGCCAAAGCAAUGUCAUUUCAUGCAGGUUUGUUAAUAUAAUAUUACUUUAUCUCUCAAAGCAUACAGUAUGUAUAUUGGUGAGUCAUUCCCAAAUGCAUGAUGUUGCCAUAUGGGGAUAUUCAGAGCAAUGCACAUUUUGAUUUCAGGCCAAUAGUUGGUCACGGUUUUAGCAAAUAUGUACUAUGUUUGUAAAAAAAAAAAAACAAAAAAAAACACUUUCAUUUGUUUCUUUCUUCAAGGUUACAUUUUAGCAUCACUCCUUAUAAUCCGCUUAAUAUAAUACUGUAUAUUCACUGCACAUUAAAUCUUCCCAGUCUUCUUAACACACAAUAUUCAACACGCAUCACUUACUCGGCUGUUGCGGCAUAUCAAAGUUUAUUACUCUAUCAAUUUAUGUUGCCUGUUAUCUUAAAAAAGAUACUCCUGCAUAUCGUGUACCUCUUAUCAUACUCAGCUCUGAUGCCAGUGAUGCAUCACACAGCUGUAAUAUGCUUGCUGGAGUGAAAUGUGUACAGGUUUUUAUUUUUGUUUUAUUUCCUUUUCUUUUGUCCCAGAUUGCCUUGCACUUUGACUAGGGUGUUGAAGACAUUUUGAAUCAUAGAAAAAGCCUUGAGCUCUUGAAAGCACACAGUCUUAGCCUUAAAAUACAAGUAAAUCAAAUCAGAACUGAUAGUGACUAACUUAGAGGAGUGUUCCAGUUACAUUUGCAGACUGGAGAUUCACCCAUGAGUUAAGUGUUCAAAAUUGGGAAGAAGAAAUAUCCAAUGAAGCAUUAUUUAUUUUUGUCAUUCAGAACACAAUGAUAAUGUGUUUCAUGGGGAAUAAGGUGCUAUGGACUUAACUUUGCUUACACGCAUCUGGUGAUUCUCUCAGAGAUGUGUGUAAAGACAGACAGCAUCUGGCUCCUAAAUGAAAACUGAGCGUGAAGUGCAACAUUAGCUGAUGUCUGUUACGUCACUUAGGCAUUAGCAUGACGCCAUCCCUGCUUACAGAUUUAAAGCAUUACGUCACUCCAAAUUAAGCACAAUGAAGCGAGUUUCUCCCACAAUCACUCUCAGGCUGUUUUUGAGCAGCUAGGGUGAAAACUCAACUCUUUUCAGCACAGUUGCUUCUGCAAAUCCUUUGGUUUUUGAUUUACAAAAAGACACCAGCCAUGCGGUUUUAGGAAAUGGUGUUUUUGAAAGCUUGCUUUAGAAUUGUAUUCCUCCCUCAUGCCAUUUACUCUUUUGUAUCUAACGCAGCACAAUUUAUAGGCCGUAAUGCGCAAGGUUUUAAUGAACGUUUUAAGCAGUAGAGAAUCGAUGGAUUCCCUUUGUAUCAGAAUGGAUGCCUUCAAAUUGCUAUCAGAUGAGUGCUUUGAUAACAAUGAGGCUUUUUAUGUGAUUAAAAUCGAAAAAUAUAUUCAUGAAAUGUUACUGUAAAAAUGCACUUUAUUAAAGAAUGAAAGUUGUUUUUUAAUUCCAUUGUGGAGAAAAUGAGAUUACAAAUUGACACAUUUACAGUUUUUUAAAGUUUGUUUUCAGGUCAGAUGUUGAGGUGAGCUGUUUAAAUAUCAAAUCUCUGUUAAAAAAGAAUUAUAAUCACUUGUUAAUUAAUUACAGAACUAACCAUGACCAGUUAAUUAUUUCAACUUAAAUGAUAUAAAACUGGGUCUUAAAUACAUUGAUAUUUAAAUAACUUAUUUUUGCUUUUACAUCAAAUGUAAUUAUUAGCUGUACUAUACAUCAUAGAGCAAUACUCUUUCACCUAUAGUUAGUUAGUGACAUGCUCCAGUGACCAUUGUAAAAUAUAUGUAUAAAAAUGAUUUUAUCUGGUUUAAGUUCGCUAAUGAUUGUCUAUAAAGGUUUUGCUUGUGUAUUUACAAACAAAAAUGUCUUAAAAUAUUUGUCCCUUUGAGGUGUAAUAAAAAAAAAGAAUAUCCUACA